GCUGAGAUAGGGUAACAAAAUGAACUACUGUAUGCAAGAAAUAUAUGAAGUGCACCCAGCUGCUGGUAGCAAUUGCUACAUGCAGUCCACUGAUUAUUGCACAUAUAUCGAAGAUAAUCAGGGUUACAGCAGUUGUGAUGCUCAGGUCCUGCACAGUAACAACAUAUAUAUGGAACAGGCCUGGGCGGUGAAUCAGCCUUAUACCUGUAGUUACCCUGGAAACGUGUUUAAAAGCGAGUACUCUGACAUGGACAUGGCCCUGAAUCAGUACAACCAACCUGAAUAUUUCACCGAAGAAAAACCUACUUUUUCUCAAGUGCAGUCGCCAUCGUACUCUCAGAAGAAAGGGUAUAUACCCAGUUACUUAGACAAGGAUGAGCUAUGUGUAGUAUGUGGGGACAAAGCCACCGGAUAUCAUUAUCGCUGCAUCACUUGCGAAGGUUGCAAGGGUUUUUUUAGAAGAACCAUUCAGAAAAACCUCCAUCCAACCUAUUCCUGUAAAUAUGAAGGAAAAUGUGUGAUAGACAAAGUAACAAGAAAUCAGUGCCAGGAAUGUCGCUUCAAAAAAUGUAUCUUUGUUGGCAUGGCAACAGAUUUGGUGUUGGAUGACAGCAAGCGGCUGGCAAAGAGGAAGCUGAUAGAAGAAAAUCGAGAGAAGAGACGUCGGGAAGAGCUGCAGAAAACCAUUGGACACAAACCAGAGCCAACGGAUGAGGAAUGGGAGCUCAUCAAAAUUGUUACUGAAGCACAUGUGGCCACCAAUGCGCAAGGAAGCCACUGGAAGCAGAAAAGGAAAUUUCUGCCAGAAGAUAUUGGGCAGGCACCAAUAGUUAAUGCCCCAGAAGGUGGGAAAGUCGAUUUAGAAGCCUUCAGCCAGUUUACAAAAAUUAUCACACCAGCGAUUACAAGAGUGGUGGAUUUUGCCAAAAAGUUGCCUAUGUUUUGUGAGCUGCCAUGUGAAGACCAGAUCAUCCUUCUGAAAGGCUGCUGUAUGGAGAUAAUGUCCCUCCGAGCAGCAGUUCGCUAUGACCCCGAGAGUGAGACUUUAACACUAAAUGGGGAGAUGGCGGUGACAAGGGGCCAGCUGAAAAAUGGGGGUCUUGGUGUAGUGUCUGAUGCCAUUUUUGACCUGGGCAUGUCUCUUUCUUCAUUUAACCUGGAUGACACCGAGGUUGCCCUUCUUCAGGCUGUUCUGCUCAUGUCAUCAGAUCGCCCAGGCCUUGUUUGCGUCGAGAGGAUAGAAAAGUGUCAAGAGGGUUUCCUCCUGGCAUUCGAACACUACAUUAAUUACAGAAAACACCAUGUUGCACACUUUUGGCCAAAACUGCUGAUGAAAGUGACAGACCUGCGAAUGAUCGGAGCCUGCCAUGCCAGCCGCUUCCUGCACAUGAAGGUGGAGUGCCCCACAGAACUCUUCCCUCCAUUGUUCCUGGAAGUGUUUGAGGAUUAGAGAGACUGGAGCGGUUCUCCGCACCCCCGUCGCACUACUGGCUGUCAUUUCAUCCCGUUGCCCAACUCUUCUCACCUCUGUUUGUUCCUCUUCUUCUUUCGUGCUCUUCUGUUUCUUGAGGCGGGGUUGGGUUUUUGUUUGGGUUUUCUUUUGGGGUUGCUGGGGGGCAGUUGUAUACACAUGGAUGAAAACAUCCCCUUAAUGCGGGUACUUGUGACUAUUGCAGUUUGUUCUUCGGUCCUUUGAUGUGAA